CUACUCGAACCCUAUAUAUCCAAAAAACCCAUCGUCAAUUCUCUCGCCCUCAGCUUUGCCUUCUGCACACACUCCCAACAAAUCCUUUUGUUUUUCAGGCCAUUCUCUCACUCUAACCGCCGCCGUCGCCGUCGCCGUUGAGGAUGUCGGACGAGGAGCAUCAGUUCGAAUCAAAGGCCGACGCCGGCGCCUCCAAGACUUACCCCCAGCAGGCCGGCACCAUCCGUAAGAACGGUUACAUUGUUAUCAAGGGCCGCCCCUGCAAGGUUGUGGAGGUUUCAACUUCCAAAACCGGGAAGCACGGUCAUGCCAAAUGUCACUUUGUUGCAAUUGACAUCUUCACUUCCAAGAAGCUCGAGGAUAUCGUUCCCUCUUCCCACAAUUGUGAUGUUCCACAUGUUAAUCGCACUGACUACCAGCUUAUUGACAUCUCCGAGGAUGGAUUUGUGAGCUUGCUUACUGACAGUGGUAAUACCAAGGAUGAUCUCCGUCUUCCUACUGAUGAGGCUCUCCUUACCCAGAUCAAGGAUGGGUUUGCUGAAGGGAAGGACCUUGUUGUGAGUGUUAUGUCUGCAAUGGGGGAGGAGCAGAUCUGCGCCCUCAAGGAUAUUGGUCCCAAGUAGUGUGGGAUUGCUGUGAUCUGAUAAUUAUAGUUUUCUAAAUGAUAUGGGAGGAUCAUUUCCCAUCGUAUGAUUCAGGAUAGUUUUAGACUGGAUUGUUGAUGGCUUGUGUCCUCGACGAUGAAGGAGACUACUUCCUAUUAUUAGGAUGGCUAUUAUGUUUCUUUUCCGCUUUCCAUUUUUGUUUCUGUUUGAACUGCUGUCAUGUUUUAUUACUGUGUGGUAUUUUAGAUUUGACAUGUUGGAAACUGGAUUCUUCUCAUGUGGUUAUAUAUAUGUGGUGAAUCAAGAUUAAUUGUGAUGGGUUUUACAUUGUAAUCAUCACAUUGUGAAAUAAGAUGGCUGGUGUUUUUAUUAGUGGAAAA